UUGAAUUUUGAGGUACUAUCAUUUACAUUAUCGGAUUGGAAGUCGUCACGCACCGUGCUCCAACCAACGCACAAUCAUCAGCAUUUACUAAUCUCAGGAAAUGAGUCUUCAGCUGGCUUGGUCUACAUGUAUCAUAUUGCAUCACAGUUGCUCAUUCGCACAUUCGCUGGUCAUGAAGAACGAGUCACUUCAAUUUCUGUAAGCUGUAAUGGACAGUUUUUCGUAACAACUUCAGUGGAUUGCACUGUCAGGAUAUGGAAUUUUUUACAGAGUGAAGCAGUUCACGUGUUGAAGCCACAUCGAGGAAGAGUCGUAUGCUCUCUGGUAAGCUCUGAUUGCAACUACGUUAUCACUGGUGGCACCGAUUCUUGCGCCAAUGUUAGUGUUUUUGAAUUAUGCGUGCUAUUCCAUUCAAUGUUACCAAAACUCACACCGAACUCAGGAGUAGUAAAAUUCUUGGACAAAGAGACUGAAACGAACUGA